AUGACGCUGGCUGGUCAACCUCAGGAGUCGCCGCAACAGUCUGCUGAGACGGCAAACAAUAAUGCUGUGGACGUCAAUACCGCCCUGCCGGACCUAGAGGGGCCUUUUAAGGAGGUGCUGACGCGCUCGCUUGAAGAGGUUCUUCAGAAGCGACCGGCAGAUCCCAUUUCUUUCCUCGCCGAUCACCUUUUAGAAAAGAGCGACGGUCAUGAACUGGAACAGCAUGAAUGCCUGGUGGCCAACAACAUCCACUGCAUACUGAGAAAGGCUUGCACGCGCAAAAACGGGGCCGGUGUCUACCAAGUCCCCGGCCUGCCGUUGCUGCAACUCAAUACACCCACUGCCUUCGAGCUGGAUGCGGCACUUCGACACCUCGACACACUCACACCUCCGAAUGCGGAGGUUGUUGUCUUUAUUGAGUUGCCUAGCCCACCAACGGACCUGUUCUUUCUGAAGGGUGUGCCGUACCUCACGAAUAUCACAGAGCAACUUCUUCAGCGCCGACGUGGGGCAACUGAUGCCGGGUUGCUUAGUGAUGAUGAGGAGAAAGAAGAAGAGUGUGUGGGAUCUGCUAAAAAGGUUAAGUCUCUCCUGUGUGAUGCUCUUAACGUGGGGAUUACAACCCUGCAGGAGGAGGUGGCUGCAGUGGCCACGCCUGCGUCGCGGUUCCGCGUGGUCGAGUUGCCGGUAGUGCAGAGUAACUUUUUGGAUGUGUUUGAAAUCAUUGAUGGGGCACUUGGUAUGCGGAAACACUACUGGGAUGUUCGGAGGACCGCACAUGCGGAGGUUCCCUCUGCGGUGUUUGCAUCUUUUAACCCGAGGAUGUCUAACAUGACGUUUUCAAGAAUUAUUGCAGCCAUAUUGCCACUUCAUGAACAACUGCAGCGACGCAGAAUUGCGUCCACAUUGGACAUUAAUAAAACGCGUAUUCGCCAGCUAAACUUUAGCUACGUCACGCAGUACUGGAGAGAGGUGCAGCAGCGGCGGCGCAAACGAGAUCAAGAACGAGCCCAGUUAAACGCCUCGCUCACGCGCAGUGAAACUCCCAAGCAGCAACGUUCGCCCAGGAUGAUGAAUUCAUCAGUCAAGAAGUUGAAGAAGGCUCCCAAUGAUGUUUUAACCGCACGCGUUAGGAGGCGGGAAAAUGAGGACGCUAUUUUCCUGUGUGUAUCGCAACAGCUGCGGUCUCAGGCGGCAAUACGCAUUCAGGCUCUUUACCGAGGUUACCGCCUUAGAAAGAACGUGCCCACAUUACUUCCACCGUGUGAGCCAGUUACUGACACGGCAUGCUGGGUGGAGGAUAUACCCGCCUCGGUGCCAGCACUUCUGCGGCGAACCGUGGAGCAUCUGAGUAGAACGCAUGGGGAGCUGUUUGGAAAUUAUUGUGUGUCGUGCCCACCGUCACCGCGGUGUGUCACUGUUCUGAAGCCGUCUCGUAAGGUGCUCAAGAAGGAAGUGGACAACGACGUUGACAGUGAGACGGAAUCAUGGGAGGAGGAAUCGGUGAUUUUGCCGUUAAAGCGACAAACACGACCCCCUCCACACUUCAAUGUUCUUCGACGCCUCAUGGAAUGCGAGUUUUUGAGCAGAUGCAACACCAUUGACUAUGCUCUUUCCAUUCAGCUGGACUGCAGUGGUCUUUCCGUGCUUCAGCGGCACGCCUACGACUGUUACAAGUCAUCGGUGCUAAAUCUGAUGCACAUUGCCUUUUUGGAACUCUAUCACCGUGAUAUGUUACCUGCGACUGUACUGGGGUUUUCUGAGUACAUGCAACGCCUCCACAGGCCUGUGUUUGGUUGGUUAUCGGCACCACACCUCUUCUCCCGCAUGACGCUUCACCGCUCCGAGGACAAUGCACUUGUGCCUACUGUUUUCUGUGAGAGGGAAGUGAUGGAAACAGAACGUGUCUUGCUCAUCAGGGCGUAUGGAGUAGGUGCCCUAUUUUCUCCUUCAUGCUCACUUCGAUUAGAGCAACAGGAGUCAUCCACUCGAGAAGAGCAAUGUUUAGAUGAUCUGUCGCCGCAAUUGCUUCCCACGACUACUGCGGCGGGUUCACGUGAUGUGUGGGUUUGUAAGGAGGUGCACGCGGCGCCAGCAUUCCUCUCAGAGCUCUUCUGGGAAGCGGCUCUGCAGAACGCAUCUCACAGCCUUCGCGAAAGCAAAGUGGCAUGGUGGAGCCUUCAACCUGAUCCUGCUGUUUACAUCAACGGGGAACCGUUGGUGAGUGUUCCACGGCACGAGCUGCAGGAAGUGCCGGGUCGACCUCGCUUUGAUGAACAUGUUGUACGCAUCGAGGAGACGAAGCAGGGUUUGAAGGCGGUAAUGCAAGUGUCACCCAGCAGAGCGGUGAGGGGAACUCCCCGUGCGGAUCCUUGGCACAGCAGCUACGGUAGUGUGGGUGAUGGCUCUUCUACAACCACCUUGGAAGGAAAGGGAGUCGACGAACCCGCAGCCAGCAUGCGUCCACCUACCGUGGAUGAAGCGUCGUACAUCUCCACCUUUGGUGGCUCACUGCUGUGGGAGGACGUUCAUCUGGCGCAGCUGCUGAACCAGGACAUAAGUCUUUAUCCCGCGGAAUGUCUGCAGGCGUACUCAACUGUGAAUGUGUCAGAAGGACAGUAUGGAGUCCCCAUUGUCCACGCCAGUCAACAACCGUUGGUGGUGGUCCCUAUAAGUGAGUGGCGAUGGAGGGCCAGCGGCUCACUGCACGACAGUUCAUACCUCGCUGGUACGUCGGGUUCAGGGGAUCGGUCGUUUCGACAAUCUCGCUUACAGCUGCGUGAAUCGUGGUGCAAAGUUAUGGAUGCCUCCAAGAAGUGUUUACCCUUAGUUGACAGAUAUCAAAUGUCGUGGGAAGCCUCUAACAUUGCUCUCUCCCAAAGAAACUCCUUUAUGUCACCGGGAAGUACUCUUAGACAUGACCGAGAACCUCACACAAACUCUAUUUUAGUCAGUGAGGCAGAGACAGUUGAUGCUGUGGCACGCAGAGUAGCCGAGCACGUGCUGAACGAGGGGAAUUUUGUGCAUGAACGUCCCUGGAUUACGCCCGUGUGUGGCCGGGCGUGGGUAACGGUCUUUGAACAGUUUGUGUUCAAAUGUCUUUCCCAGUUGCGUGAAGGGUACACCAUUGUCCUUGCGGUCGGUGAUCCGUCGCAGUUGAUGCUAUUUAACGCGCUCUGUUUGCUGAAGCACUCCAUGCAGUCACAGAAAGUAGCGCCCGAAGAGCCCGUGGACACCGCCUGCUUUGGAUUGUUUCCUAAGAAACGCCCAUUUUUGGAAGCUACUUCUCUCUUGUCGGAUGAAACGAUCUCGCGCCUCUCCUUCAUGCAUGGCUUCUACAAGUGCGUGGGCGAACUUGUGAAGCACAGUGAUGUCUCAGUGGCGGAAAUAGAGUACGUGGUGCUGAAGGUUAUGCAGGAAAACUCUCCUGGUGGGCUGGCGUUCGUGAAUGAAAUUUCCACGCUCAUGAAAAGCGCUGAGCAGGAAACCAAUUCCCGCAUCUUGGUGGACACUAUUCUUGCCAUUGUGCAACGCGUGGAACUUUACUGCUGGUUGCUUCUUUUCCAGGCCUUUCUGACCUCUCCUGCUGCGGCCAGUGUCUUUGACGAGCAUGACACGGUGGUGUUUCCUUCCUUUACUGCAUUCGUAGAUGACACCGCCCUGAUUGCAUGGAUGGAGCGCAUUGAUCCAUGGAUAAGCACCCCCGGGAAGUCUCCUGAUCCGUUUCAUCUACGAUACAGCAAUGGGCUGCGACGCUGGGAUGAUCGCAACUACAUAUUUUCUGGUGCUCUCUAA